UAUGAUUUAGUUGUAGAUUAUUGAAUUGAAAAUCUUAUGGAGACUUAAAAUAAUAUUGAAGAAGGCCUUGAACUAUUAAAAGAAUAUGAGAGUUGAAUUUUCAGAAAGAGUGAUCUAAUUUAUCAAACAAUUUGAAUAUGGUUCAUUAAUUAUUAUAUUAAACAUAUGUAGGGAUGAUGGAGAGAAGAAAAGAGAAUUGAAUAGGAAAGAAAAGAAAUGAGUAAAAGGGAGACUAGAUGAUAGAAUUUGAGAGUUAGUUGAA